AUGUCUUACAGAGAACUAAGAAACUUCACUGAAAUGACCAGAGCACUUGGUUACCCGAGGCUCAUCUCGCUGGAGAACUUUAGGACGCCCAAUUUCCCCCUCGUGGCAGAAAUUCUGCGAUGGCUUAUAAGCAGGUACGAUCCCGACAUCGAAGAACCGCCCGACAUUGACACGGAACAAGACAGGGUGAUGUUCAUCAAAUCUAUCGCUCAUACAAUGGCCACAAAAGCACACCUGAAACUGAACACGCGCAAGCUGUACAUGGCCGACGGAUACGCCGUGAAGGAGCUUCUCAAAAUCACCGCGCUGCUGUACAACGCCAUGCGAGCCAAGACGGGAGACGAAGAUUCGAGCGGCGCUGAUCUGAGGGUCGCCAUGCCUUACCAAAACUACGACACCGCGUCAAAGUUUUCUGACUUGAAAAUGACGCGUCAGCUGGCUUCCGAAAUAACCCAGCAAGGUGCCGUGCUCUACGACCGGCUGGCUAAGGAAGCCGAACUCAAGGAAAUCCGGACUGCCACUUUGUCCAAGCAGCUGGAAAUAACAGACAUUGAGAAGUGCCUUCAAGAUGCCAUCAAGGCUGUGAUUGAGCAAACAAGCGAGCUUCAACGUCGAAUUGAGUCGGUGGCAUCCGACGAAGCCAACCUUGAAGCCAAAAUCGAAAAGAAGAAAGCCGAACUAGAGCGAAACCAGAAGAGGCUCGCAACACUUCGAGCAGUCAGGCCCGCAUUCAUGGACGAGUACGAGAGAAUUGAGGAGGAACUAUCCCAGGUGUAUGCAACAUACGUGGUCAAGUUACGAUGCCUGGCCUACCUGGAGGAACAACUUGAGGAGCUCGAGAAAGCUCAGAAGAUCGAGUUUGCCGUGAGUGCCUCUCAAGUCCCACCUGAAGACACGAAACGCACCUUCUUAACAUCAUCGCUAUACAAUACACUCUCAGUACGCGAACAGAGGAUGAAAACUGCGGCACGUCCGAGCGACCAAGAUCUGGGCAACAAGCAAGAGUUUGGAGAGGCUUUGGGACUGGGUGCAGCAGAUCCCGAAACCCGCGCCGCGGCAGGGAGAUUGUUGUUCGGAUCCAUGGCAGGCGGCGACAAGAUCCUCGACUCAGACUCUGACCUUGACCUCGAAGGCGAGGACGAAGGGUCGGACGGAUCCUCGGACGACGACCUCGAGCUUGACCUCGAAGCCAUGGGUGGCAUCAAGCCUCCCAACAGGCGCUCCCAGUCACAGUUCAUUGACAGCGACAACGACUUCUGAUGCACUUGCAGUUGCUUCGAGCGACGAUGCAUUCGAGCGAGAUUCGCGCUAUUACACGCCACACGCUUGUCUUGCAUCGCACUAAAUUAUUGGGGUGCUUUAGAAAUCGUGCCUUUGCGUAACUCAAGGAAUGUUAGCAUGUAGAUGUCUGCAAGUAGACAGCCUCACUCCCUCCUUGCAUCUUACUGUAAACGACCGUGAUUUAUUUCGUACACUCCACUGUUAGCAUCCCCACGAACAAAAGACUUAUUCUCAAAAAUUUCUGCUUAGUUGCAAAAGCUUGGAGUGAAAGAUCAAUCGUACAGAAGCUAUAUAGGGAGCGAUUGGUUACAUCAUUCUACACAUGUUCACGAAAUGCACAGGUGCUCUAGAGCCUCAGUUAGCAUGCAGUUCAAUAAAACUUUACCUGGGCGAA